AUGCCUCGUCGCCCCUCUUUGAAGGCCUCGGCCACCCCUGGACCAAAGACUUCCGACGAUGAUAGUCUGACUACGGAGUCCGCUUCUUCGGCCCCUACGCCAUUUGGACUGACUUCGGAAAGCGGUUACUCCACGCCUGGAACUAGUAAACUCCCGAGCCCUGCUGAAGGAGCUACCGCGACUGAUAAAAAGACCCGUUCUUCCCUGGAAGUACGCAUUCCUGCAAAGAGCAGGCUGCAAGGACCAGAUGGGGAUGAGCGAGCAUUGCGGCGCAGCAUCUAUUCACUGAACUCAACUGCUAAGAGCAAGAGAGUGACGGAGAUUGGAGACUCUGAGGAGGAAGACGAUGACUUCCCGGAGAAUUCUCGCGAUGCCAAGGUCGCUCGCCGGUUGCAAAACGAAGAGUACCAUGCAGCCAACCUCAGAUCUCGUCGCUCCGAUGCUACUGAUACACCAUCGUCAGUCUCGGCUAAAUCUUUGGGGAAACGGCCCAGAUCUCUCCUUAACCCCUCUACCCGUCGCGGGCCACCAACAAAGAAGAGCAGAGUCAUCCCCGAUUCUGAUGACGACGUUGACAUGGACGCUGAAAUUGCUGCCGGUCUUGCACUAAGCGAUGAUGAUUCAGAUGGCGACGAAUUUAUGUUAGACGAGGACCUUAAGAACGACGAUGAACAGGAAAUAGCGGCUUCAAGUGACGAUGACUUCCCACCGCUUCGACGGCAAAAGAAGUCGCCUGCUAAAAAGCGCGCCGCAGCUACUCGACCGUCUGCCGAUGCUCCAACAGCCACCACAGCUGAUUCCGAGCCCAGACGACGUCCGCCUCCAGUUUGGGACGAUGAUGAUGACUUCUGGGGUCCUCUAAACCCUUACAGCUCGAGCUCUGACUCGAGCCGUGCUACCAAGGAACGGAAUCGUCUCGAAAAGCAUCAUCCAGAGCUCACUACCAUGUGGAAAGACUUGGAAAGUAUGCCCGUGAUGAAGGCUGGCAAGAUCGACCAACCAGCGAGCAUCUCAAGGCAGCUCAAGCCGUUCCAGCUCGAAGGUGUUGCUUGGAUGAAGGCAAUGGAGAAAAUGGAGUGGAAAGGAGGACUUUUGGGCGAUGAAAUGGGCCUCGGCAAGACUAUCCAAGCAGUCUCCCUCAUCAUGUCCGAUUAUCCAGCGAAGCAACCCACCCUGGUCCUCGUCCCCCCUGUCGCUCUUAUGCAAUGGCAAUCGGAGAUCAAAUCCUACACAGAUGGCACUCUCAAGACCUUUGUAUUCCACGGCACUAACCAGAAGGCCAAAAACAUCACUGUCAAAGAACUCAAGAAAUACGACGUGAUCAUGAUGUCCUACAACAGCCUCGAGUCCAUGUAUCGAAAGCAGGAAAAGGGCUUCAAACGCAAAGACGGCAUCUACAAGGAGAAGAGUGUCAUUCAUGCCAUCACUUUCCAUCGCGCCAUCCUCGACGAAGCACACUGUAUCAAGACGAGGACUACAAUGACCGCCAAAGCCUGCUUCGCGCUCAAGACAGAAUAUCGUUGGUGCUUGAGCGGUACACCUCUGCAGAACCGAAUCGGAGAGCUCUUUUCUCUGGUGAGGUUCCUCAACAUCAAGCCCUUUGCAUCAUAUCUCUGCAAGCAAUGUCCUUGCUCGACGCUCGAGUGGUCUAUGGACGAGAACAGUCGCUGUUCCGACUGUGGGCAUGCAGGCAUGCAACAUGUAUCCGUCUUCAACCAAGAGCUUCUCAACCCUAUCCAGAAGUUUGGUAACCUGGGUCCUGGCAGAGAAGCCUUCAAGAAGUUGCGAUUGAUGACAGAUCGCAUCAUGCUGCGGCGUCUCAAGAAAGACCACACCAACUCCAUGGAACUUCCCGUGAAGGAGGUGCAUGUCGACCGUCAGUUCUUUGGAGAAGAAGAGAACGACUUUGCCAACAGCAUCAUGACCAACGGACAGCGCAAGUUCGAUACCUACGUUGCGCAGGGCGUUCUCUUGAACAAUUAUGCCAACAUCUUUGGUCUCAUCAUGCAAAUGAGACAGGUUGCCGACCAUCCCGAUCUGAUUUUGAAGAAGAACGCCGAAGGAGGGCAAAACAUAUUGGUCUGUUGCAUCUGUGAUGAACCAGCAGAGGACACCAUCAAGAGUCGUUGCAAGCAUGACUUUUGCAGGGCGUGCGUCUCCAGCUAUAUCAAAUCGACAGAUGAGCCAGACUGCCCACGAUGCCACAUCGGCCUGGUCAUUGACCUUGAGCAACCAGAAAUUGAGCAAGACGAAGCCUUGGUCAAGAAAUCUUCCAUUGUCAAUCGCAUCAAGAUGGAGAACUGGACCUCCUCGUCUAAAAUCGAGCUUCUGGUUCACGAACUUCACAAACUGCGUUCGGACAAUGCCACACACAAGUCCAUCAUCUUCUCCCAGUUUACCACGAUGCUGCAGCUGAUCGAAUGGCGACUUCGGAGAGCUGGAAUCACCACUGUCAUGCUCGACGGUAGCAUGACCCCCGCGCAGCGGCAAGCAUCAAUUGAGCACUUCAUGAACAACAUUGACGUGGAAUGCUUUCUGGUUUCGCUCAAGGCUGGCGGUGUUGCACUCAACCUCACUGAGGCAUCACGAGUAUUCAUUGUAGACCCUUGGUGGAACCCGGCGGCUGAGUGGCAGUCUGCUGAUCGCUGCCAUCGCAUUGGACAGACACGACCAUGCAUCAUCACGCGCCUCUGCAUCGAAGACUCUGUCGAAAGCCGAAUGGUGCUGAUUCAGGAGAAGAAAACAAGCAUGAUCCACUCGACCGUCAAUGCCGAUGAUAAGGCGAUGGACACCUUGAGUCCUGAAGACAUGCAAUUCCUUUUCCGCGGUUCAUAG